ACAGCUCAGAUAGAGAUAAUUCCAUGCAAGAUAUGCAGUGACAAAUCAUCAGGUGUCCACUACGGAGUGAUAACUUGUGAAGGCUGCAAGGGUUUUUUCAGACGCAGUCAGAGCAGUGUUGUGAACUAUCAAUGUCCCCGACAGAAGAACUGUAUUGUAGAUAGAGUGAAUCGGAACAGAUGUCAGUAUUGUAGACUACAGAAAUGUUUGGCGCUCGGAAUGUCGCGAGACGCUGUGAAGUUUGGCCGCAUGUCGAAGAAGCAGCGGGAGCGGGUGGAGGACGAGGUGCGGUGGCACAAGGAGCACCGCGCGCUCAUGAACCAGUACGAGCAAAUGUCGCAGUCACACGUAGCGCAGCCUUCCAGCUCACAGGACCUUGAUCCGAACAGUAAUAAAUUUCUAUUAGGGGCUACCAUCCGCAGACGUCGCCACCUGAACGGGUACCAGUAUCCCAGCACACAGGACCUUAAUUACAGCAUCAAGCCGGAGCCGUCGUACAUGCCGACGACGACGACAUCCGGCGGAGAUGGACCUGAUCAACAGCGUGUUCAUCUUCGUCAAGGAGCUCUACGUUGUGCAGCUCACCGACAUGGAGACCGCUCUCUUCGCAGCCACCAUCCUCCUCUCGCCGACGCGGGACGGCCUGCAGGACCUGGGCAUGAUAGAGGGCCUGUACGAGCGUGUCGUCGGAGCGCUGAAGGAUGAGCUGUACAAGCGACACUCGAACGAUGACACGCUCACGAAGCUGAUGCACCUGACAGCCGAGCUGCGCGCGAUCAGCAGCAAGCACGUGCAGGUGCUCUCCAAGUUCCGCAUGAUGCACCAGCACCUCGAGUUCCCCGCGCUGCACAAGGAGCUCUUCUCGCUGCCUGAAUGAUGACGGAGUCGCGGCGGCGGCGGGCAGGGGGCGCCGCCGCUGCCGUCGUCGUUCCGUAGUCCAUUCUCAGCCGUUGUAUUGUAUUUAUUGCGGCGGCCGCCGCCGCCACGAGCAGAGCGGGGGGUGCGGCGGGUUGCGCGGAGCGGCGUCAUCGAAGCAUUUGCAUCUGUAUAUUAUAUCAUCGCCGCGACCGCGGGCCGCGGCGCGGGCCACGCGGGAGCCCGUGAAAUGUAGAUAGUAGCUCGCCGAGUUCCAUCAUUCCAUCCCUUCAUCCCACCGGCCGCCGCGGCCCGGCCGGCACGCAGUCGCGUGCGCGCCCAACCGCUAGGUGGCGUCACGCGUGAGUGUCCGUCGUCGCCGCGGCAACCGCGCUCAUUGCAUUUCAUUAUACAGCGUUGUAGUGUUCGGCGAGGAGGAUGAGCUAUAGCUAGAUCGUCGUACGCCCGUAGCUUUUAGUCGAGAAACCUGUCGCGGAGAUUAAACGCGGCACGUCGCCGCCAUCGCCGAAUAGCGCCGCGCGUCCGUGUGCGGCCGGGGAACCAGUAGAGGGCGUCACCGCGGGGCGGAGUCGUCGUCGUCGCGAGGCUUGCCCUCAUAGUUCUCUCGCUGCUGCGUCCUCCGCCGUCACCGGUGUCGCGGCACGUUCUGCGCAUUUGAACCCAGUUUAGCCUAGCCACACUCGAAUGUACCGCUCCCUAGAGGGCGCCGCCGCUCGUCGCCGGGAUGCGAGGGCGUGCGUGUGCGUGGUUGCCAGGCUAGAGCAGGCUGCAUGUACACAGCUACACUGUAUCCCACACGGUUCACGACUAACCCUUAGUUGCCUUCCGAUUGCGAGCGCCGACACACGCCGGGCGAAGCGUCGGCGCCGUCGCCGUGGAAACGGGAGGACGUUACCGUGGAAACGCGAGGAUGGCAUCGUCGACGCGCGGCGGCGGCAUGCAUCGGCGCUCGCGAGACUCAGGAAAAAAAAUGAGGAAAAGAAACGAAGUCUAUUUUCUAACGCUAACGUUUUUUCUACUGCUCGCGUCUUCCUGCCUUUAUCUGACUGACUACCUACUAUACCUGUACCUGCCAACAACGCCGCGUGCGUAUCACGGGGGGAGCAGCACCACGCCGCUCCCUUCCCCAUGACAACUACCUACUACUACUCACUACUGUUUACACACCUUUCUGACGAACGAUUACUUGAUUACUAAUUACUCGUCGUGCUCAUGGUGCGCAGGGGGUGGAGGAGGGGCUUUAUUCUUCGCGAACCAGAGACGA